UCCUCACGCCGGGCGGCUGGGCGGGUUCGCUUCCGAGCGGCGGGUUCGGGCCUCGGCUUCCUUCUCUGUCACGCGCGGCGGCGACUCUUCCGCCUUUCUUGCCUUCCCCGUCGCAGCGCGUCCCGGUCUGCUUCUGCUCCCCUUCGGCCUGGAGGAGCACGGACCGGAGGGCAGGAGGAAGCCGGGCUGUGGCGUGGUGAGGGCCGCGGGCCGGCGGGGCAAUGAACACGGUGCUGACGCGCGCCAACUCGCUCUUCGCCUUCUCGCUGAGCGUGAUGGCGGCGCUCACCUUCGGCUGCUUCAUCACCACCGCCUUCAAGGAGCGCAGCGUGCCUGUCAGCAUCGCCGUCUCCCGGGUCAUACUAAAAAAUGUAGAGGAUUUCACUGGACCUGGAGAAAGAAGUGACCUUGGAAUAAUCACUUUUGACAUUUCAGCAGAUCUCCAAAGUAUAUUUGACUGGAAUGUGAAACAGUUAUUUCUAUAUUUGUCAGCAGAAUAUUCAACAAAGAACAAUGCUUUGAACCAGGUUGUCCUUUGGGACAAAAUCAUUUUGAGAGGCGAUAAUCCAAAGCUACUGUUGAAAGAUAUGAAAUCAAAAUACUUUUUCUUUGAUGAUGGAAACGGUCUUAAGGGCAACAGAAACGUCACUUUGACUCUCUCGUGGAAUGUCGUACCAAAUGCAGGCAUCCUACCUCUUGUGACAGGAGCAGGACAUGUAUCUAUUCCAUUCCCAGAUGCUUACAAAACAGCAAAAAGCUAUUAAAUUAUUAUGCUGAACCUUGAGUAACAUAUUUUUAUACUUGUACAUUAUAAAUUUUAUCACGUUCCGUCUCCCGCCCAUUGCAAUUCAAAGGUACUGUACUCGAGUUCUUUAGGUUUAGUCGAAAGAGAAAGAAAAUUGGGCUCGUUUUUAAUUUUAAAUGAAACAAAAACUGAAAUCUCAAGGAAAGGUUAUCAAUUGUUCAGAUUCGGAAGGAAGAGGGGUUUUUUUUUGUUGGAUAUCAGGUUAGAAAAUACUUUUCUUAUAAAUAAACUUUUUGAAACCAGAAAA